UUAAUUUCAUUAAAGUAAAAACCUGCCCUGGCUUACUUCUAACGCGCGACUUCAAAUUUGGGAUUUCAAUAGCCUGCUCUUUCUUCACACAGGCAUCUCUUCAAUGCCCGGUGUGUUCUCAACCCGGUGUAUAUAAUAGCAGGCCCAUAACUCACGAGCCUGACUGCGGUAGAAAAGUUGUUAAAUAGAUAAAUUCUGACAAUGGAUACAAUACCCGUGAAAGACUUCGUGAAGAGCAGACAGCUCCGUACUAUGUCGUGUGUUCAACACCAGAAGGUCGGAGGUUCCAAUCCCUCUCGAGUUAGAACUCUGAGCAGAUUCCCGGGGAUGUUAGCUGUUUUGGUCGUGACGUCAUCACUUCUGGCUGUGUCGGCGGCACAGAAUGUUGGGAAGAACGUCAGCACAGAGAGCCUGGGACCUGGCCAG